AUGCCGCAAGUAUCGGGCGAACUCGACAUGGCCCUAGUACCUAGUGUGCAAGGCCACAUUGGAAAGCUGCCACAAGAGCUGCGGCUGCAGAUUUGCGAACUGUUGCCAGGCCGAGCGCUCAAGAACCUUGGACUGGCCAACAAACGAUGGCGAAAGUCUAGUUCGACUGUGCUCUGGAAGACUUUCAGCUCCCAUCUCCAGGAACGAGGUCGCGAUUUCGACGCGCUACUCUUAUCCCCACCUGACGGAUUUCUCGAUAACGUCAAGAAUCUUAAGAUUAUCCUGUAUUCCGAGGUUUCCGAGAAGGUGCUGCAGCUGAUCACCGUCCUUGCCCAAAACACAUUACGCACCGUGGAGCUACCGACUGUGGACCCCAGCACCUUGGGCCUCUUGAUUCGCUCUCAAAAUCUGAUUGAAGAGCUUGCGUAUCAGCAGCCUGCAAAGAAGCAUGGCUAUGGCUGUCCGGACUCUCGUUUCCUCGUAGGCAACUUGCAAAAGCUUCGAAAAUUGACCAUUACACCCGCCAACGACGACGACUUUAGUGCGUGGCUUCUCAACACACCAGCUUUGGAGACCCUUAAUGUUGCACCUUACAUCGAGUCCAAUCGAUCCAAUCCCAAAUUCGGACAGCUGGCUUCGCUCAAAAGGUGGAAAUAUCCUAGUACUUUCAUACCUCUGAGGCUUCGACACCUUCGCCUGUCGUACAUCAACCUAUUCGAUGGCCCUUACCAUCUGGGGAAGAUCACUGAUCUCCAGUCUCUCGCAGAUCUUGAGAUAAGAUACUGUAUCAAUGUCUCGUCCUUUUUAGAGCAUUUGAGCAUUGAAUACUCCGCACUGGACAGCUUCGCUUUGAAGUCGCUGUGUUUGAUACAAUCUUUGGAAGAACCAGACUUAGUCAAGUUCUUAGAUCAGUUUAUCGGAUGCUUUUCAGGCCUGGAGAGGCUGUUCGUCGCGACUCGAAAUCCUCAGCAUGUCAAUGUGGAGAAUAUAUGUCGACACGGACAAACUCUACAACUUCUCCACUUGGAUCCGUUGUAUCGUCCACAUCGCCUUCCGCUAUCCGAAGCCAGGAACCAUUGCUACACGGCUACCGAGCUCGAGACACUUCUAGUUGGAUGUCCAAAGAUAGAGGAGCUGGGUAUCCAUGUCGCUGCUAUCGAUAUCAGGUCUAUGACCCGUGGCGUGCCGUUCCUGUUUCCUCGGGAGGAGAACUUUGCAAAGACUUUGGACGUAAUAGCCCGCUUUCCUCUGCUACGCAGCUUGCGCUUUACGCAUUUGCUAGCACUGGAGGAGAAUAUUGAGUUCGACAAUCCAGUUGAACACGCGGUACAAUACUCUCAAUUGGCAACCGAGGUCCUACGAUACCUAGUAGCGCGAAGUUCGCACGUCGAGGUUUAUACUACCAGUCCUACAGUCCCCCCGGGUUACCUUGAUAUGGUCGAGGACUUCCAUGGCCAUCAGUGGCCUCGCUACUACUACCUACGUGGAUCAAUGACCUUACCAUUCCGCGGCCAGCACCGCACUGAGGUCGUGGCGGUAGCAGUCAAGAAGGAGGAUAUCGCAGGCUACAUUCGGUGUCCAACAAGCUGA